AUGGAAGGGAUUGCUUCGACACUGAAGAUGAUUUCAUACGACGAAGACAGUGAUGAAGUUGUAAGAACAAGGAGAACAAAGCACAAAGUUUAUGAUGAAAAUACAGAGGUGAAAGAGUUUGAGGUUGGUCAUGCUUUCCAUGAUAGCGGACAGUUCAAGCAAGCACUUGCCAAUUAUGGAUUAAAAGAACGGAAGCACAUAAUAUUUCCCAAGGAUGAGAGGAAAAGAGUGUUAGCCAAAUGCAGUUGGGUUGGUUGCAACUGGAGACUAUAUGGGUCAGUAGUUCCUAGUAGGUCAUCAUGGUUCACAAUGAGCAGGUACAAUAAUGUGCACAAUUGUGUACCAAGGAGGGACAACAAGUUGGUUACUAGCACAGUAAUAGCAGACAAAUACUUUAGGGACAUCAAGGAUAAUCCUGGUUGGAGGAUUGAGAAGAUGCAGGAGGCAGUGCUCAAAGAUUAUCUUGCUGAUGUAAGUGAAUUGAAAUGCAAGCGAGAAAAAAGGAUAAUUAUGGAGAGAAUUGUUGAUGGAACAAAUGGAGAAUACAAUAGAGUGUAUGACUAUCAUAUGGAACUGGUAAGAAGCAAUCCUGGAAGCACAGUGGCAGUCACAUUAAACCCUGAUGAAACCGACAAGCCUGUGUUCGAAAGAAUGUAUGUCUGUCUAGAGGGUUGCAAGAGAGGUUUUCUUGCUGGCUGUCGUAGAGUCGUUGGGCUUGACAGAUGUUUCCUAAAUGGUGCAGUUCAUGGAGAGAUCUUGUGUGCCAUUGGCAGAGAUCCAAACAACCAAAUGUACCCAAUUGCAUGGGCUACAGUUGAAGGAGAAAACCAUUACAACGGGUACUGGGUUUUGUCACUACUGCAGAAAGACAUACAGAUUAAUAACCAAGGUGAUGGAUGGGUUAUCAUAUCUGAUCAGCAGAAGGGCCUUAUUAAUGCCGUCAAUGAGAUAAUCCCAGAGGCUGAACACAGAAUGUGUGCAAGACAUAUCUAUGCAAAUUGGAGAAAGAAGCACAGAGACAAGGCAUUCCAAAACCCUUUUUGGGCUUGUGAUAAGUCUAGUGACAAAAUCCAGUUCAACUAUAAUAGGGCUAAGCUUGCUCAGAAAACACCUGAUGGUGCACAGGACAUGAUGAAGACUGCUCCUCAGCAUUGGUGUAUAGCCAAUUUUAGGCUUGGUUCCUAUUGUGAUUCUAUCAAAAAUAAUCUAUGUGAGUCAUUUAACAAUGCAGUUAUGAGAGCGAGAUUUUCCAGUAAUAUCUUCAAUGGAAAUCAUGAGGAGAAAGGUUAUGGCUAG